GUUUCCAAGUCUUACGUGGAUGUGGUAAUUUUUUCAGUCGCGUGUCAUAUGCGCGCGCGGCUGCUGUUCCCCGCGAUUCGAAUAUCGAAUCGUAUUUUUCCCCGUUUUCCCGCGCGUCUGACACAAACUUUUUUUUACAGAACUGUGCAUAUUUUAUUUUUUUAAUUGUGUGUGUUGGAUGGUGUGUGAACUUAUACUGUGACAAUAAGUGACAUUGUGAAUGCAAACAACGUUCCUGUUUGGAUGUUUUAAAUAAGAUGUUACUCUUGCGGCUGGUUUAGAAGACUGAAAUAUAUAUUUAUUCGGCCAAAAAAGAUGUAACUGGAUGUCAAACAUUUAUUCUUGGUCGGUCUCGGGUCGUUUGUGAGACAGCGAUGACUACCAUGGCAGCGCACCAAGAAUCUGUACAUGAGCGACUCCAGCCAGGCCCCGAAGAACCCCUCUACCUCCAUGGAGCCUCCUGGGCAGAGACCAACGAUAACCAGGAAGAUCACAGCACCGAUAUGUCCCCCUACUAUAACAUGCCCAAGCGUAACAAAAGAAAGAACUUCAAACCCAGAUGCGCGCCAAAUGCUAGCACAUUCUCCGAUGAAUCUAACGAGCACUGUGAUAAUGAAAGUCCUGUCAAUGGGAAUGACAGAACGACACCAGACAACGCUGGCGACGAGGGUAGUUAUUCGAAAAUAGGCGUUAAGAACUUCAGCCUACUCAAAGGAGGCGCUGUGGAUCUCAGCAGGCGAUUGAGUACAGAUUCCAAUGAAAACAUAGAUUACCAGAACAGACUGUCAGAGGAGAAAAAGGUGGACACGUUUCAGAGGUCGUACAUACAUAGUUUACAGAUGAACGACGUCGAGAAAGAGAGGACAGUAUUGAAUUUCAAUAAUCUACAGAAUAAGACGUUUUGUGCCAAAAACCCCUUCGCUAUAUCGCAGCUAAUUAAAACGAAUUCACCUCCGCGGAGACGGGAUUCGGAUUCUGAUGAGAAUAAGGAUAUCAAUUCGAAUGACAGAGACAACCAAGAUGGUACGGAGGGUCAGCAGAAUGGUGACACGGCCAACAGGAUUUUAAGGGAUUAUGCAAUGAAUACUAUGAAGGAGUUACUGGGUAUUUACGGGUUGUCGUCUAACGAAGUGGCCGAUGCCAUAAGUGGGCAAAUCAGGGCGUUGGAAGCGCUUCAAGGUAAACCCUUCACCCAGCUACCAUUAAGCCUCAAAAGGAGACACGACUCCGGAGACGCCCCUGAACGUAUAAGACGGUCAUCAUCAGCUACAGAAGAUGAGAGCUCUACCAACAUCACCCCUCCGAAGACUCCAGACAAUGAUUUAGAGGCGCAAAGACAACGAGCUCUUCAAAUUAUAAACCACCAAUCAAUGAGGUUGUUUAAAAGCCAAGGUGCUGAAGAAGAUGCUAGUGGUUCUGAAGAUGGAGACCAGACCCUGGAUCUGAGCGUCUCCAGGGAUGGAGAUGGACAGGAACAAUCGACGACAUCUAGCGCUGGUAACAGCGUGUCUGAAUUCGAACAACAAAACAUGUUAAUGAGGAAGAACCUAGAAGACCUAGCUAAUCUACAAAUGCAGGGUUUCUUCCAAAAACAAUCAAUGAUGGACGCUGAAGACUCACAGGAGCGAAAGUUACAAGCCAGUGGUCUGCUAUCAGCGCUAAAUCAUUUGGACCAAGCUCGGAAGAAUUCCCUGCAAACCAACGUCGAUUAUUCUCGAUACGUUAAAAGGUAUAGCUCGACACUAGAAUGCGGGUCGUCAUAUUGCAAGGACCUGGGCUACCGAGAGCACUUCCACUGCAUGGACUGUACGGCAAGAGUGUUCUGCAAGAAGGAAGAGAUGAUCAGACACUUCAAGUGGCACAAGAAACGUGACGAGUCGUUGGCUCAUGGUUUCAUGCGUUACUCCCCGCUGGAUGAUUGCUCCGAGCGCUUCUCCGACUGUCCCCACAACAGAAGCCAAACCCACUACCACUGCAUACAAGAUGGCUGUGAUAAGGUAUACAUAUCAACUUCAGAUGUACAAAUGCACGCCAAUUACCACAGAAAAGACUCAGCUAUCCUCCAAGAGGGUUUUCAGAGGUUCAGAGCAACUGAGAGCUGUGCUGCUCCUCAUUGCAUCUUUGCUGGACAACGGACUACGCACUUCCAUUGUCGGCGACCUGGUUGCACCUAUACAUUUAAGAAUAAAGCUGAUAUGGAAAAGCACAAGACCUACCACAUAAAAGACGAAGCGCUGUCCAAGGACGGCUUCAAGAAAUACAUGAAGAGUGAGGCGUGCCCGUACCGCGAGUGCCGCUUCAGCCGCACCUGCAACCACAUCCAUUGCAUCCGCCCGCACUGCAACUACGUGCUGCACUCCAGCAGCCAGAUCUUCACGCACAAGAGGAAGCACGAGAGGAAGGAGCAGGAAAUGAGCUUCGGACUGCCGACAUCGGUGAUUCAAAGCGCUCUGAUGCAGCAAGGCGCAGACCUCAGCAUGUACUCCCCGAACACGAGUCUACAAAUUGAUGAUGAUAUGUCUGGAUUGGAUGGAGACUAUUCACAUCCUUAUAACCCAGUUUUAGUUGAAGAAUUAUCUCGGAAGUACAUAGAAACUUUUAACGGAAGCAAAGAGGCUGAAGACAAAUGCAGCAAAUGCAGCGCCUUAAACAAGCACUAUCACUGCUUAGCUGAAGGAUGCAAAAUGGCCCAUAGCUGCCACAACACAAUGGUCAAGCACGUGCUUGAGCACGAACAGCAGAACCAAGUGACAGAAGCCUACUUCGUCACGUAUACCAGGAACAAUCCUUGCUCCAACUCCGCAUGCCAACACAUACGGGACAUCACUCACUAUCAUUGCACUUGGGAAAACUGCGGUGCCGUAAUCUUAUCAUCUGAAGACCAGCCAUUCAGGCGUCUAGAGCACCACAGACAGCACGCCAUUCUGAGUCCUAUGUCCCCGAACUUAGCGGCGAGAUUCGCUCCCAACUUCACUCCCCAGCUUUCAGCUCAACUGCACCCAAACGUAGCUGCUCAACUCCAAGUGCCCAGUUUGCCAAACCUUCCGCCAAACUUGGCGCAGUUGGCCCAGAUGGCACCGAACCUUGGCUCUCAGUUGGCACCAAACUUGCAAGCACAGUUGAACCUUGCCCCGAGCCCCAUUGUGCCACAGCAAGUGAAUCCGUCUAGUUCAUUGGAUGAAAUGUUUAGUAGGAAGAGGGGAAGGCCGCCUAAGAAUCGCGUUGUUGAAGUUUGGACGGAUAAUGUGACGCCUCAAGCAAUUUUCACCUCAUUUAAACUACCGAAGAGCAAUCAAAUACCACCAGUUAUUCAAUCACCGGUCAUCACCACUGUUGAAGAGUUUCCUCGCAUUCGCUUCCAACACUUCGAGGUGUUCACAGCACCAGACGUCUGCAGCCAAUACUAUCAGAACUGCCAUUUACGUCACACUAGGCUACACUUGCACUGCUUCAACUGCAGUUUCACAGCUGAAACCCACAUCAUCAUGGAGACACAUAUGAGGGAAUCCCACUCGGUGUCCCCUCUGCUAGAAGGAUUCGAUUAUUUCUCCACUUUCGAGCAAUGUGGUGGAAAGAGUUGCUAUAAGAACCAGUUGAGAUCGCACUUCCAUUGUGCCCAAGGAAACAAUUGUCCAGCAAUAUUGACCCAAUAUUCCGCUUUGGCUACUCAUAAGCAUGGCCGAGGCACCCCCAUUAAGAGUGAGGAUGAAAAACAAUUUGAAGAGGCCAAAGACUAUUCAAUCAAAGAGAGGGCGUCGGCUGAUAGCGUUGGAUCAAAGGACGGAGACUAUCCAACUAAUUUUAUUAUUAAGAAUGAAUUCGAAAAGGAACAGGAUAACGUUUCGGUAGUAAAAGCGACAGGAACGUUCUAUCCAUCUUCCCAUCUCAGAAGCAACACUUCAUCACCAAGAAGCAUCUACGACGCUUCUCCGUCCAAGGAGAAACGACCAGAAUACGACCAGAAGAAAUUGGAAAAGCCUGGUCCCACAAUCCCACCUUCGUGCCACGACCAGGCCUGUCCUCUGAAUAAGACAGCUGGUCAAAUGAACCUACAUUACCACUGCCCGCAUUGUGGCCAAGCAUACGUCGACCUUAAGUUGUUAUUCAGCCACAUGGUCAAGAAACAUAGCAACAUUAUUGAUGCAGGACCAAUUGGACUGGCUGCUACUAAGACUCUGGAACGAGAAUAUCCAGAAAUAUCGAUUUUACCCUCAACUGCCACUUCUUCCUCGGCACCCUCACCGUCACCGAGCCAACGGCCACCAAAUCCCGCUGAACAAGUUCAAGCAGUCCAAAGCCUGUUACUUCAGCAGUAUCUGUCAGGGGGUCGGAAGGGUAGCCUCCAAGAGCAGCUGAAGAUGCAGCAGCAGUACACUGCAUCCCUGGCUGGUCUACCGGGACUCGCUCAAGUAGCUCUGUUCUCUCAGGGCGGUUCCCCCUUCCCCCUUUACCCAGCUAUGAUGUACCCCCCGGAGCUACUUCUAGAACAAAGCCUUCUCCAGUCUCACGGUCUACCACCAGGCUUGGAUAAGGAAGCUGAGCUUAUUGCUAAAUCCCGCCGGAACACGGGCACCCGCGGACCUCACAUGCGAGUGCUGAAGGACGAGCCCAUACCAGAGGGCUACCUUCGCUUCAGAUUCAAUGAGGACUGCGCGUAUCAGCAGUGUGGAUACAGAGAGCAUCAAACCCACUUCCACUGCACUCGAAAAGACUGCGGCUAUUCUUUCUGCGACAAGACGAGGUUCGUCCAACACACGGCUCGACAUGAACGUUUGGACACGUUAAUGGGCGGCGACUUCCAGCAGUACCGCGCCAACGUGUACUGCCAGCGCCCGGAGUGCCCACACGCCUCUACAUUUGGUACAGGGCAGAACAAGGCGUCCCACUUCCACUGCCUCAAGUGCGAGUUCACUUGCACCGACACCAACAAGGUGGUGGCGCACAGGCGCCAGCAUCAGAAGCUGGACUCCAUACAGGCGGCUGGCUUCGAGAAGUUCCCGCCGAGUAAAGGAUGUGGCUACGAGCCGCAAUGUAUUCACAGCAAGAAACAGACCCACUACCAUUGCCUGCAGUGCGGCUUCGCCGUUCUAGGCCUCUCCCAAAUGACGUCACACAAGUACAAACACCAGGAAGCGAACCUUGGACCCUCCACUAGUGCUAUUAACUGACCCACUGCACUCCUACGUGUUACUUUGACUUUUACACUAUAACUUCAAGACACACUAGGGUCAGUUUGUGAAUAUCCCAGUGGUUGAUGAUUUUUUAUUUACGAUAAACGUCCCGCGUAUAAAAUAAUUUAGGGACGCUUUAUGUCAAAAACGAUGUCUGUAUGUUACUGUAUACAUAGUGACUUACGACACUGUUUUGAGUAUAGAUAUUUAGUUAAUAUUCAUAUACUGUGUAUAUAACAAACACAAAAUUAUCCAGUCCGCGUGUAGUCCCUCGGAAUUGUGCCUUAGUCGCAACAUAGUUUCUGAACGAUUUUGUAAAAUACGGCAAUGUGCCAAAAACUAUAAGACUUUGAUUGAAUUUCAAUUAUAAUGUAGCGCAAAGUCUCUUUGAACAUUCGCAUUUUAUACAAAGUAUCAAAGUGUCAAAGUGAAACUGUAAUUUUCCUAAAACCUGACCAAUUGUAGUUGUUAGUUAUAGAAUAUUUAUAUUUAUUACGACCCCGAGAAAAGACAUUUUUACGAAUAGUAUUAUUAAUUUAGGUCUCCUAAAAAUUUUGUAACGAAGGCAAUAAUUAUUGGGUUUGAAACGCCAUUUUGUGCCUCGAAAUGUGACAAUACGUAGAAUCGGGUGGAUUGUAGUUUCUUUUUGUGUUUUUUCUAAAAAAAUUACAAAAAAUAACAAAAAGUAAUCACAAACAUUUAUUCAUUUUUAUUUCUGAUAAAAAAUACAAAAAAUCAAACUACAACCAUCGCAA